AACAAAGCCCAUAAGAUUUGCUUAGUUCUUCUUUUCUUCUGUACCACGUUUUAAAACUAAUAAUGUAUUUUCUCAUGAUUAAUUGAAGAAAUAGAUCAAUGUAAACUAGUUAAGCUUGCAAUCAAAACAUGUCUUUUCUUGAUAUCGAUCCAUUGAGAAACAUGGCGAUAAAAAAAUUAAACUUGGGCUACUAAAUGUUGGUCUGAGUCAUAUCCUUCUAUUUAUUGUUGGGCCAAACCUGACCCAAAGAUCAUUAGCAAAUGCUAUUAUUGUGUAACGGAUAUAUGAAUAAGAAUAUUGCAGCUUAACAACACAUUUUGCAUAUUUUUGAUAGUAUUAGAACUUUGGAUUACUACUAGAGAGAAACCAGAUCUUCUUUUGGGUCCGGCGGACAGGCGGCGCGUGAGCGUGCGUGCCGUCGCUGGAGCCCCUCAAGCUACCGUUUCAGCCUUCGAUUUCGCUUUGCUCUAGUCCCCUCUCUCUUCCGCCUUGCCUGAGCUCUGGAACAAGGCCGCAUGUGGCGAUUCUGUUUCUGGCGUAAGGGCGCGGUCGUAUUGAGGAAGGCGCGGUGAAGCCCCUUGUUCGGCUUUUUGGUUUUACCUCCGGGAGGCGGAGGCUCUCCUAGCUUCGUCGACGCCGGUUCCUGUCCCCGAGAGGUGGAGGCUUCGUCAGCUCUGUCCUCGUCAGUCUAGAUCACGGGGGGUGAAGGCGUUUCAUGCCUUGCCUCGCCGUCUGGUGUUUCCCUAGUUCCGUUUUAGGGUUCGUCUGUUCUUUCCUUUUAGUUUUACGUUUUUGGUUUGGGUUGGAUUGGGUGACGACGACGUCGGAGGACGAUCGAAGCUCGACCUUGGUUAACGAUAAUGGUUCGCGUGAAGCCUUCCUCUCGGUGAUUGUAAUGAAUGGUGACGGAUGAGAUCUCGAACAGUCGAUUGAUUCUCUCUGGAUUGGGUUUCACUUGACUUGAAGACGUUUGCGGUGAGAUGGUGUGGAGUCAGUGAGUUCCGGUGGAUCCGGGUGAAUCGACGGUUGGUUACCCGGUGGUCUUUCGAAACGAGGACGACGUCGGAGCCGCAGCGUUUGUCCGCGCGGCGGCGGAGUCUCGUGGAGCCUAGGGUUUUCGGUGUUGGGCCUUGGAUCCGGAAUCUUAUUUUAAUUUUUGGUCCGUCUUUCUUGGGCUUAUGUAUGUUGGACUAUGGGGUUUUUUAGGCCCGUUAAUCAAAUUUCUAAUCGAGGGGAAAAAAAAAAAAACAACACAUUUUGCAUAACUACAAAAAUUAUUUUUAUACUAUAUAAUAAAGCCUCUUCCACGGUAUUGCUCUUGCGUUUAUGACGGCUACGGGUGGGGACUAUCGACUAUUACGCAUAUGAACACGGUGGAUAAAUGUAAUGCCGUAUUAGAAAAUCAUGCGUUGAAUACGGCGUGACACAUUCGAAAACAAUGAUAGUUUCAGGACGUUAACUAUAAGCUCGUAAAUUUAAACAGAACGCGUGACAUUAGAAAAGUAUAUAUUCCACCAAACUCUAACCAUUUUAUUCAAAUAUUAAAUUCAGUCUUUUACCUAUAUUCACAAGAUUUGUCGUUUAAACUUUCGCUUUUUGCACUUUUCUCCGUGAUUCUGCUCUGUUCUGUUCAAGAACCUUCCUCACCUCCCGUCUAUCUCAAUAUUUUCAAAUAUACAAUCUCUUCUUUUUUUUAAACAUCCCUUGAAACCUCAGUUUGCAUAUUCUUCUUGUCAGUGGCUACGAUUGGCUGGAUUCUAUUUAUCUGACAUUUUUCUAAUUAGCCUUUUUGGAUUCUCUCUUUGCUUUGCUUCAAAGCUUUCUCCCAAAAACACCCUAAUAAUCCGUGAUUAGAGCGAUUUAUCGUAAUUUUGUUUUAAUUUGUCUAGUAAUCACGAUACUGGCAGAUUAGGCAAAAACAAAAAUCAGAAAUUAAAAGUAAGGUUUCUAACGUCGUCGACUCAGACCAAGAUUUUGAUGUUGGAGAAGAAGCUGAAUCUGAAGUGAUUAACAAUGAAUUCUCAGUUUAGUUCCAAGAAUCUAAGACUCUUUUCAAAAUCUAUCACUUGCAAAUGCCUUGUUCUUGUUGGCAUUGCUCUGUUCUUCAGAGCUCUGUCUCUCUCUUACUCCACCAGAAACAGUAGCUUCUUGUUUCGAGCCCGUUACAUGUCAGAUUCCUCCUCAACAGCCCACAAGUUCCUCGAGGUUCCUCAGAUCGUAUGGGGACUAAACAACCAGAAGAUAGCUUUCGCAAGAGCUUGCUUGACCGCAAGAACCAUGAACAGAACGCUUCUCAUGCCUAGCCUAAGCGCUUCCUUGUUCUACAAGGAAGUAGACAAGCUCCGUCCCAUCCCCUUCGAUAAAGUCUUCCAGUUCCAAAGAUUCAACUCUCUCUGCAAAGGGUUCGUGCGGCUCGCUCGGUUCUCCGACGUUAGAAACAGAACACAUUCUUUUGACCUAGAGAAAGGCAGUGGAAGGAGGUGGACAGUGGAGAGAGACUUGCAACAGCUGAAACAGUCCGCAACUAAUGAGUUUGAAGUGGUCCGUGUCGUAGGAAAGAACCCUUUCUUGUGGCAUGAUCAUUGGCCUGUUAAGGACUAUGCUAAGGUCUUUGAGUGUAUGGUUGUGGUCGAUGAGAUCUCGAGAGAAGCAGAUAAAGUGGUGACGAGAAUCAGACAAGGAGGGGGAGAUAAUAGAAUCAGGACGGGUCUUGUCCCUUUUGUUGCGGUUCACAUGAGGAUAGAGAUAGAUUGGAUGAUACAUUGUAAGAAGCUAGAGCAAAGGCUAAAGGUUUCAGAGAUUUGUAGUAGCAAAAGAGAGAUCAUGGAGAGAGUAGGGAACAUAUCUGGUUUAAAGACUCCAACAGUUCUUUACUUAGCAGUAGCAGAUAGUCUCUUAGAUGAAAAAGAUGAAGAAUCAUCGGUCUUAAAUGGUUGGAGAGACGGUUUAGUACCUUAUGAGAAGAAGAAGCUUGGGGUUAAAGAGGAGGUUUAUGGGAAAUAUUCUUAUUUGAUACAAUCUGCUAUAGAUUAUGAGGUGUGUUUAAGAGCUGAUGUGUUUGUUGGUAAUAGCUUUUCGACUUUCUCUAGUCUCAUUGUUCUUGAGAGGACUCAGAAGAUGAGAAGGUUAGGUUUUGUGAGUUCUUGUGAAGAUGGUGAGAACGAGUGGAGAUCAUAUGCAUAUAAUCUUGCUGGAGAAUCAAAGGGAGUUCCAAGGAGAUGGAUGACUAAUAUGACUCAUUCUAGUUUGGAGGCUAUUAGCUAUGGCUCUAGUUCUGUUUCUUGUUCAAGUGAGUGAAGUUGUGAAACUUUAGAGUUAGGUUUUGGUCUUUUUAUACAAUUCUUUUUUUUUUUUUGUGGUACAAAGCUGUGUAGUUACGUCUUUAGAUCUUUCCUUCAUUUUGUUCUUUAAUUCUGACUUCUACUGGUAAUUAUUGAGAGUAAACAAAAUGAAAUUUAUA